GGGGGCGCACGCGCGCGGAGCGCACUAGACGCUCAGCCCUCCGGAGCCAUGUUGAUAUAGGCAGCGCCGUCCUCUCUUCACAGGAGGUUAUGGCUGAGGACUUCGUGAAGAGGAACGCUGUUCAUUUGAGAGGAGCCAUGCUUUCAUCUGCGUUCAUGUGAAUAGUUUUUACGCAGCGGCAGUCAUGAGCGCCACACCACGCAGGCGUUGAACCCGCCACCAUGUCACACGCGCAGGUCGAGAUCCCACGACGCGGCUUCCCCGGCCUCCCCGUGGAUAUGACGGACGACUACCUGUCCCGGGUCCCGUCCGUGCUGAGGGCGCACGGUUUGGGCGCGCGCAGGAACUCCUACGGGCUGCAGAAGAUCACCAUGGACAUCGAUUCGCCUCUGUACGGCGGCGCCCUCUCCAAAGCCCUGUCCUGGUCCGCGGAGAACAUCCCGACGCUGUCCGAGUCCAGGGCGGAGGAGGAGAAAACCGACGAGUCCCCGGCGUCGCCCUCCCCGGUCUCCAGCCCGGGCACCAGCUCCAACACGCCCCCCGGCGGCAGCCAGGAGCCCGGCGCCGGGUCUCUGGGCGAGAGGACCGGCGCGCGGGACGCCGCCAGCUCCGAGUCUGAAAACGAAGUUCAGAGCAAGCAGCGGAAGAUCUCGCCUCGCAUCACGUUCGAGGCCCAGUGGGAGCAGGAGGAGAGGGAGGAGAGGGAGGACGUGGAGACCAAAGCGGUGGCGACGUCGCCCGAUGGGAGAUACCUGAAAUUCAACAUAGAGAUCGGAAGGGGGUCCUUCAAGACGGUCUAUAAGGGACUGGACACAGAGACGACGGUGGAGGUGGCAUGGUGUGAGCUACAGACGCUGAAGCUGACGAAGGCGGAGCGACAGCGUUUCAGUGAGGAGGUGGACAUGCUGAAGGGCCUGCAGCACCCGAACAUCGUCCGCUUCCACGACUCCUGGAAGUCGUCGGUGAAGGGCCACAAGUGCAUCAUCCUGGUGACCGAGCUCAUGACCUCAGGCACGCUCAAAACGUACUUGAAGAGGUUCAAGGAGAUGAAGCUGAAGCUGCUGCAGCGCUGGAGUCGUCAGAUCCUCAAAGGGCUUCACUUCCUGCACACGCGCACUCCUCCCAUCAUCCACCGGGACCUCAAGUGUGACAACAUCUUCAUCACCGGCCCCAUCGGCUCAGUCAAGAUCGGAGAUCUCGGGCUGGCCACUCUCAAAAGUGCCUCUUUCGCUAAAAGUGUCAUUGGAACCCCGGAGUUCAUGGCCCCGGAGAUGUACGAGGAGAAGUACGACGAAGCGGUGGACGUCUACGCCUUUGGGAUGUGCAUCCUGGAGAUGGCCACGUCCGAGUACCCGUACUCCGAGUGCCAAAACGCCGCCCAGAUCUACCGCAAAGUCACCAGCGGAAUGAAACCCGACAGUUUCUACAAAGUCAAGGUCCCGGAGCUCAAGGAGAUCAUCGAGGGCUGCAUUCGCAUGAACAACGAUGAACGGUACACCAUUCAGGACCUCCUGGAUCACCCCUUCUUCCAGGAGGACAACGGCGUGCACGUGGAGCUGGCGGAGGAGGACGACAUGGUGAAGUCGGGCCUGAAGCUGUGGCUGCGCAUGGACGACACCAAGAAGCUCCACGGGAAGUACAAGGACAACAACGCCAUCGAGUUCCUGUUCGAGCUGUACAAAGACGUGCCCGAGGAGGUGUCUCAGGAGAUGGUUGUGCUCGGCUUUGUGUUCGAGGCCGACUUCAAGCUGGUGGCCAGGGCCAUCCGGGACAGGGUGGCGGUCAUCAAGCGGCAGCGGGAGAAGCUGCGUCGGCGGGCGGAGGAGCGCAAGAAGAAGCGAGAGCGAGAAGCCACGGAGGAGGAAGCGGAGGCUCCCCGUCCCGUCAGCGACGUCGGCGUCGUGGCCAGAGAGUCCCCCACCCCGGCCCCGGUCCUGUCCCCCGUCACCAGCUCCGUGGACUCCGGAGUCAGCUCCAACUACCCCGCGGAGCCGGAGGAGCCGGAGGCCGACCAGCACUUUCACAUCCGGCACAACAGCUUGUCCUCAGCUAACUCUGACUGCGAGACGGACGGCUAUCUGAGCUCCUCCGGGCUUCAGGAUCCGCUGGAGGCCGGCAGCUUCAACGCGCCCGGGACCCCUCCCACGCAGACGGCUGCAAACGGCCUCCCCAUCCCGGCCCUCCGCUUCCCCUCGAGCAUUGCUGUGUCCAACAACGUAGAACACGGCAACUCAGGCCGCCCCAGUGGCUUCAACUCUCCUGUGGACAGCUACGCCUCCGAUGUGACUUCGGGCUUGAGCGACGGCUACGAGGGCCCGUCGGAGAAGAGCGAGAAAACGCCCGCGAGGCAAACGGCCGGAAAGCUGUCCAGGAGGAGGGCUCGCUCGAGGCUGCGCAUCACCGGGCUCUCUGAUAAAGUGGACCGCGUGGUGGAGUGUCAGCUGCAGACGCACAACGACAAGAUGGUGACCUUCAAGUUCGACCUGGACGGAGAUAACCCGGAAGACAUCGCCGCUGUCAUGGUGCACAAUGAGUUCAUCCUGCCGUCAGAGAAGGAGGGCUUCAUCUACCGCAUGGGCGACAUCAUCAAACGGGCCGAGGCUCUGAUGGCCAAAGAGCAGCCGGUCCCUCUGUCGGCUUUCCACCACGGGGUGAACUCCUUGUCUUCCUCACAGCCUAAUCUGCAUAGCCACACCCUGCCUCGAACACACUCCUCCUCUUCUCUGCCCGACUUCAGUGUGGCUAACCCGAGCGCCGAGGCAUGUGGCUCCCCCCCGUGCCCCAAUGGAGACGUCUUCAGCGCAGACAUUACUUCACCCGGGCGACCUCUAAUCCGCUCCCAGUCUUUCCACAGCGGUCCAGGGUCUCCCCUCCAUUACCAGCAGCACCACCACCACCACCACCACCCCGUGUCUCUCCUGCCGCACCACCAGCACUACCACUUGCCCUACAUGGGCCACAGUAACUUCCCGUUCCAAUACCCAGCCCCUCCGGGUUCCCCGACGCCGGGCACACGCGUAGCCAGUAACUCCACCUCCCCGGCCCCCGGUUCCUCGAGUCCUCACAAUGAGGCCCAAAGCCCCGGCAGCAGUGACGGAGUCCCCACGGCCCCGUCUACCCCUCAGCAUCCCAACAUGUGGCCCUCCCACACGCAGCCCCUCUUUUCCUUAGCUAAUGUCAUCUCCAUGGCGAUGAGCAUGGCUCAGUCUUUUAUCCCUCCUGCCGGCAUGCCCUCCCAGGGGAUGCCCUCCUAUCCGGGGUACCACAACCAGGUAUCCGCUCACAUGGCCCCGCAGUCCGGUUACCCCUCCAUGUACCCACAACAUUACCAGAGCUCACCGGUAGAGGCCCAUUACCUCACCGCGGGCAUCCUAGCCCAGAACAACGUCUACCACAACCACGAGAAUUCGCCUCUGGUGGACGGAGCCGGUUUUCCUCAGAGCGGCCGUCCCGGCUGGCCGCAUCCUGCCUCUCCGCCGUCUGUGCCUUCCACUCCUUCGCCGGUUCCUCCGGAGUCUUUUCAGCAGGUUGGACCCUUCAGUCCCCCGAACAGUCCCCCGUGCAUGACCCCGGAGGACGGUCUCCACGGCGACGUGGACUCACACCCGGCACAGGUUCCAGUCCGGGCUGAACCCAAAUCAGAAGUCUCCGGUUCAAACUCGGAUCUUUCAACAUCUCCCCCAGAGAGCCCAAAGAGCACUUUCUCGUCCUUCAGCGCGCCACCUGAGAUGAAAACCAGCACCCCAAAACCAAAAGCCUCCUCCUCCACCGAACCCGACGGCCACUCUGCACCCAUCACUGUGGGGCGAUUCCAGGUGACGCCCAGCAUGCACAUCCCUGCACCCGCUGAGCCGGCCGUUGCCGUACCUGCUGCGGCAAAGCCGGCGGACGGCGACAGCACCCCGUCGGAGAGCAGCACCGAGGAGCAAGGGGAGUCCGAGACGAGCCUGGGCACCUCCCUCACCAUGUCCCCUCCACACCAUCCCCACAGAGGGGCCACCAGCGGGGUCCUCCAGGGGGUGGACGGGCAGCUGGGAUGGAGCCAGGACAAGCAGCAGGACAGAGAAGAGGAGGAGGAGGGGGAGGAGGAAGAGGUUGUCGGGGAACGACAGAGGACGAGGAAGAGGAGUCGGAGGAGAGCGCACAGCCUGAGCCUCAUGGGAACGCCCGUGGACAGCGGACUCUCGGUGACGGCGGCGGAGAUGGAGGCGAGGCUGUGGGACGGGGCGGCGGGCAGCCCGCAGUACAGCAACGCCCUUCACCACCUGUGGCUGAUGACCUACAACCGCAACGCGCCCUACAUGAGCAGCGACGACUCCGACAGCGACGACUCCGACAUGCUGGAGGAGCUUCAGGAGCUCAGAGAGAAACAUCUGACGGAGGUGCAGGCCCUGCAGGCCGUCCAGAAGAGAGAGGUCGAGGAGCUGUACGGCAAGAUGGGGAAGGUUCCCCCUCCGGGCAUCGUGUCUCCGGCCGCCGUGCUCUCUGGCCGCCAGCGCCGCCUGUCCAAGGGGAGCGGCUUCCCCCCGACCCGCAGGAACAGCCUGCAGCGCCUGGACAUGUUGCCGCUCCAAGGUAUCAUUAGGAGAAACUCCCUCGGAGGCAGCAGCAGCGGCGGCUCCCAGGAUAAACCCAACAAAGGCGUCACCUUCGCCACCGACAGAAUGUAAGAAACCGUGCAGCCGAGCGCGCUGUGCACCUGGACUACCUCAUCCGAAGUGUGACCCCCCCCCCCCCCC